AUGGAAGACGUGAUCCAGCAGCGCUUCCGGGAUUUGGAGCACGAGCUUCAAAAAGUUCAGGAGCGCCUCAGUGUGUUGGAGGACCGAGGGAUCAUCCUCGAGGAGACGGAGGACAAUGGCCACGCAGAAGCCGUCGCCGAAGCUUCGGACGAGCCAAAGAAGAAGCCACAGAAGUCGGAGAAGUCGCUGAAGUCGCUGCAGUCGGAGAAGUCGGAGAAGUCAGAAAAGGAGCCAAAAGUCGACGGUCAGGGCGUGCUUGAAGUCUAUGUGGACGAGAGCGUGUGGAGUGUCUUCUUCGUCGUGGGCUUGGAGCGGAGCGUCUUCAACGGGUUUCUGGACAGCUUCAUCGCUGGGCUGCUGACCUUGGUGAACUUGGUGGUGCAGAUCCUGUUCUUGGGUGUCAUCUUGUCGGAGGACUUCUUGGGUGAGCCCUUCGAGUCCAAGAAGUCCGCGGCGCGGCUCUGGCGCUCCUUCGUGGCGCACGACGCGCGGCACCUGGACCUCGCGGGCACCAGCCUGGCCUCCCGGGUCUGCGGCCAGGACGGGGCGCUGAUCGUGGCCAACGCCCAAGCCUCCCUGGUGGAGGAGAUCAACAGCUACUUAAACUUGCAGCCGGAUCAGUUCAACACGGACGGCUUCCGGCCCGGAGCGGUGCUGUGCAUGCUCUGCAUUUUGAUUUGGAGCGUCUUUGUCAUCCGGGAGCUCCGGACGUAUUUGCACAGCUUCCUGGGGCUGUUGACCUUGCGCCGCGGAGGCCUAAGUGUCCUGACGCAGGGCUCAGAGAUUGUGUCCUACCAGCGCCUGGGCUUGCUGAUCUUGGUGCAUCUCUGCCGCGUCGUGAUGGCCAUUUGGCUGCUCUACGCCGGGAUCCUGUGGCUCGCGAGCACCACCUCCAUCGCAGAUCUGAUCCUGAACUGCGUGGCCCUGGAGGUGAUCUUCGAGGUGGACGCGCUGCUCUUCGCGGCGUUGAUGCCCAUGGAGACGCGGUUCAGCCUCCGGAAGCUGAAGCCGAUGCGCAUCAGCUACACCCGGGCCCGCAGCCAGCUGGAGGCUUUGCUCGGCGUGGUGGUGCUGGUUGCCACGCUGUUCGUGGCAUACACGCACUUGGUGGCCCCCUUGGAGCAAACCAUGCUGGAGGUCAAGCACGAGCUCUGCGGCGGCAACGCCGCCUUCGUAGUGUCCUACAGCGAAGACACGCAGGUGGCUCGUGGUGUGGUCACCACUCCCAGUCGGGAUUUGGACCUGCGCACGGUGAGCCAGACAGUGGUGGACGAUUACAAGUUUAGCGACUCCUCGCAGUACAUCUGGUUCUCCGCCACCCUGAAGCAGUUUCAGGCGGAGAGCGCCCGCAGCGUGGUGGAGGAAGUGCAGUCGACGCCCAUUUGCUGGGAGACCGACGUCUUCCAGCCCACUGGCAAGGCCGCCGGAGACGUGCUGCUGGUGUCGGUGGCGGACGUGCGGCUCAACGCGGCAGAGCUCGCGCUGGGCCAGGUGGACUCCUCCAAUCAGAGCCUCUCCAUGCGCGAGCGGCUUCUCUCACGGUGCCACGCCAUGCGAAGCUUCUGCGACGACUACGAGGGACGGCUGCUGCGGAUGCUCUGUGGGGCUACCUGCUGCCAGGAUGCAAGAGCCUCCUUCUGGUACAAGGUGGAGGCUCUGGGCUGCUCUCAGCUCUGCCCGGUGCAAGUUUCCGCAAGUGAGUGCGUGGACGUGUCCAAGGACCACCCGAAUUGGCACAAGGCCUGGGACGAAUACGUGCCAGCACUGAGUCACCACUUCGGGGAGGACGUGUCAGCGGGUGGCGUGGGGCCGCAGAUCCAGCAGAUCGUGAGCUUCAUGAAAUCCGUGGGCUGCCCCGCGCUGCUACAACUGGACAUGGAGGUUAUCACCGGAGCACGGUGGUGCCAAGGUCACUCACUGCUGUUCCGGCCCCUGACCUUCUUCUGUCCACAAACCUGCGGAUGCCUUGACAACGCCACAGCCACAGCCCAUUGCCCCGCCUGCGCGUGA